ACCGUCCUCCGUCCCCAGGCCAACAAGCUCCAAGCCUCCAACAAUGGCGAGGCCGUCCCUGCUUCUUCCUGCCCUGCUGGUCGUCGUCGUCGGGGGGGUAUGCGCGGCUCCAGCGUCAGCGUGUGCCGACGACCCCAUGCUGGAGAGGUUCCAGCAGUGGAUGGGCAGGCACGGCCGGCUGUACGGCAGCACGGGCGAGAAGCGGAGGCGGCUCGAGGUGUACCGGAGGAACGUCGAGCUGGUCGAGCAGUUCAACUCCAUGGGCAAUGGCGGGUACAAGCUGGCUGACACCAAGUUCGCUGACCUGACGAACGAGGAGUUCAGGGCCAAGGUGCUGGGGUUCGGACCUCACGGCAGGACCGGGCACACCACCGCGCCAAGCACCACGACUAGUCUGGUUGACAGUGGGAUGGCUGAAGAUUAUUCUGAUCUUCCGAAGAGUGUGGAUUGGCGGGAGAAAGGAGCCGUGGCGCCGGUGAAGAACCAGGGGGACUGUGGUUCUUGCUGGGCUUUCUCCGCCGUUGCGGCCAUGGAAGGCAUCAACCAGAUCAAGAACGGGAAGCUGGUGUCCCUGUCGGAGCAGGAGCUCGUCGACUGCGACACCGAGGCCGUCGGCUGCGCCGGCGGGUACAUGAGCUGGGCGUUCGAGUUCGUCAUGAAGAACCGUGGACUCACGACCGAGAGGAACUACCCCUACCAAGGGAUGAACGGCAACUGCCAGACGCCGAAGCUGAACCAGAGCGCCGUGAGCAUCUCCGGGUACCAGAACGUGACUGCCAGCAGCGAGCCGGACCUCCUGCGCGCCGUCGCGGCGCAGCCGGUGUCCGUGGCCGUGGAUGCCGGCAGCUUCGUGUGGCAGCUCUACGGCGGCGGGGUGUUCACGGGGCCCUGCACCGCCGAGCUGAACCACGGCGUCACGGUGGUCGGGUACGGCGAGACGCAGGGUGACGCGGACGGCGACGGCGGCGGGACGCCGGGGCAGAAGUACUGGAUCGUCAAGAACUCGUGGGGGCCCGAGUGGGGCGAGGCCGGAUACAUCCGCAUGCAGCGCGAAGCAGCCGGCGGCGUCGCGGACGGCCUCUGCGGCAUCGCGCUGCUCCCGAGCUACCCGCUCAUGUGAGCCGGCUCUGGCUGGCGCGCACAGCGUCGGAGCUCUGGCUUGCUACUGGAACUGGAUAGUUUAGGUAGUGAUGCGCUGAUGUAUGCUAUGCGUAUGGCCAAUUGACCAUACCACCAUGGUGAUCAAGUGUAAGAAUACAAAUAUCCAAAACCUGGCAGUUGAACA